CGGAAGUGAAGAAACACUUGUGUCUGCUUCUGUCAAAGAGUUGUAUUUGUCAGUGCCGGUGUUUACAUAAUUAAUCUCUGCAAUCAAAGUCCGUCCGUCGCACCCGACAAUGAUAAGACGCAAUUAAAUUGGUAUGGAACACGGGGAGAUACGCCCCGCCCUGCUCGAACCUAGACAAACCAAGAACGCUCCCGUGUAGCCUAGUCAGAUAUCACAAAGUAAAGCAACAAGUGUGAAAGUACAAGCUGUUGUUUUAUCUCGUUCUGUUAAGAUAAGAGAAAAUGAACAAUAACAUUUGACGGUUGACUAAAACUUGAAUUCAUGUUCAUGAUUAGAAGAGUUCGAGUACCCAUAAACAGACUCAGUUUCACAAGCACCAACAUCUGCUCGUCAUCUGAUAAGAAGAAACCCAUAGUAGCGAUGGAUCUCUUAAAGGAUUUUCCUCCUGGGCCUUUGGAUCAAUACAGACAACAAGCAUCUUUUGACUGGAAAUCGUUAAAAGUUUUUAUGGAGGAUGAAAAACUUCUUGAAUUCAAGUUGAAAUUGUGGAAAGCCUUAGAGGAUGAUCCCUUAUUUCACCACCCCGUCCACACCCCUUCUGUUGAUGAGCAGCGGAACCUUGCUGUAAAAAGAAUGUAUAAAUUAAAAGCUAUGAAUCUGCUGACGAUGGAAGACAUAAUUAAUGAGCCAAGACUGCCUAUGGUGCUUCAUUCCGCCCUCUUUCAAUAUGAACCAUCAACAUCUAUAAAAUUAUCUCUGACAUUUGAUUUCUUUAACAAUGCUAUCAGAGGUAUGGGAACUGGAAAGCAUUUUGAUUAUAUGGAAGCUAUUGAGGAUGGCAGUAUUGGUGGGGCAUUUGCGCUCACAGAAAUAGCUCAUGGUACAAAUGUCAGAGGCAUGCGUACUACAGCAAUGUAUGACACUAAGAGUAAGGAAUUUGUCAUCAAUACUCCUGAUUUUGAAGGUGCCAAAUGCUGGGUUGGUAACCUUGGAAAAUGUUGCACACAUAUUGUCUUGUAUGCUCAGCUUAUUACACCUGAUGGACAAAACCAUGGUCUUCAUUCAUUUGUUGUUCCAAUCAGAGACACAAAAACUUUGCUUCCGUUUUCUGGUAUUAUUGUGGGUGAUCUGGGUGAGAAAAUUGGUCUAAAUGGUGUUGAUAAUGGGUUCAUUCUUUUCAAAAAUUACCGUAUACCUCGUGAUAACUUACUGAACAAGAAUGGAGAUGUCAGUGAGGAUGGGAAGUAUGUAAGCCCCUUUAAAGAUCCAAACAAAAGAUUUGGAGCUUCUCUAGGUGCCCUUUCUGGAGGACGUGUUGGAAUAUGUGGCCUCGGUGUUGCAUACUUAGUGAAAGCCAUCACAAUUGCUGUACGUUACUCUGGAGUACGUCGACAAUUUGGUCCCUCUGGCGCAGAGGAGUACCCUAUUAUUGAAUACGAACUGCAGCAAUACAGAUUGUUCCCUUACUUGGCUGCUGCCUAUGCUCUGUCAAACUUCUCCACUUGGUUCCAAGGGGUCUACAGCAAUUUCAUAAUAAAGAGCAUUCUUGGUGAAAAAUCAGAUGAUCAGGCUGAUUUUGGGAUUGAAAUUCAUGCGUUGUCAUCCUCAGGUAAACCUCUAUGUAGUUGGGUGGCAAGAGAUGCUAUCCAAGAAUGCAGAGAAUCUUGUGGAGGUCAUGGGUAUCUGAAAAUGGCUGGUAUUGGAGAUCUGCGUAACGGAAAUGAUGCGAACUGCACCUAUGAAGGUGAAAACAAUGUUUUAGUUCAGCAAACAAGUAACUGGCUACUGCAAGUUUGGAAACAGUUGAGGGAAAAAAAAUCCAUUCCAAAAUCUCCUCUUGGAUCAUUCACAUAUAUUAGUCAAGCAGAUCAAAUACUUCUUACUCAUUUUGCACCAAAAACUGUGGAAGAGGUAUCCGACAUACAAACUAUUCUUAAGGCUUACAAGUGGCUUGUAUGCUAUCUUCUCAGCAUCACUGACGAGAAAGUUUCAUCCUUGAUUGCAUCAGGAGAAGAUGCUUUCUCUGCUAGAAAUAAUUCACAGGUGUUUUUUGCUCGAACAUUGUCGUUGGUAUUUAUUGAGCACUUUGUUCUUGCUAAGAUGUAUGAAAAGGCCUGUAUGAAAGAGCAGCCUGCUGAACAGUCUGCAGUACUGUUGAAAUGUUGUCAGUUGUAUGGCUUGUGGAGUCUUGAGAAGCACCUUGGAACUCUAUACCAGGGAGGGUAUAUUAGCGGUCCCAAGCCUGCAGAGCUCAUCCGGCAAGGUGUUCUUGAUUUAUGUGCCAAACUCAAACCAGAAGCCGUUGCACUAGCAGAUGGACUUGCACCUCCUGAUUUCAUCCUCAAUUCUGUCCUUGGGAAGUCUGAUGGCAAUUUGUAUCAGAAUCUUCAAGCUGCGCUCUACCAGAGCCCAGAUACCUUUGAACGCCCAUCCUGGUGGAAAGAUGUUGUUCACUGGAAAGUACAGCCUAAACUCUAAAAUGCAUUAAAUACAAACCAGUAAACCUUCAAACAAACAGCAAAAGUACCUGAAAGCUUUAGGAUUGAGACCAGCUACAUGCUGUACACUUGUGACAAGAACAUUUUGAAGCAUUAAUAAACGCCGGUAGGUUUUCUCCGGCACAGGAAGCAAAGAGCCAAUGCCACCAUCCAUGGUAACUGUAAAAUCAAUUUAAAAUGUUACAAACAAUUUUAACUAUCUAGAUGAAUAUACGUACUGUACAGGGUUAUACCGCCGGUCUCCUCUGGCGAAUCUUACUUUCGCCAGUGACAGACCGGCAAAUGUCUGAUUAAAAUUACUUUAAAAAUACA